UAUUUGUCCCCAGCAUGGUGGAAAUGACCCAGUUUUCAGCCAGCCUUUGAACAGGCAGGAAGGGCAGAACCAUUACUGAGAGUUUGUGUGGCAGGAGGGAAACCAUCAAGGUUCAGAGUGUUAGGAAGUUAGGACCUCCUGACUUCGCAGCACAAGUGAGAGUUUGACCUUUGAGCACUUUGUCUGGUGGACCAAGUCUCUCCAUGACUGAUAUCUACCACAUCAACAUUAAUACUCUGCGGACACGCAUUCGGGAGUAUAACCCAUAUGCACAUAAGGCAAUGGGGAAUACACACGGACAGCUGAAGUCCUCCCGAUUCGAGGCAGCGCUGCACAACUCCAUAGAGCAGUCCCUACGGUCCCAGGAUGUGGCUCCACGUCCUGUCUUCUCCCAGCUUUACCUAGACAAGCAGCAAGGCCAUGUACGCCAGCCUGGACCAGAAAAUAUAGACGUGAAGCCCAACAUAAAAGAGUUAGAAGCUGCUCCGAGGGACAGACACAGCAGCACCAGCAGCACUAGUGGUUACCGAGGAAACCCCCCCGUGGAGCAGCCCAGUGUGGACCAGUCCUACGAGGAGGAGGAUAAGGAGGACCCCCCUGGCAGCCCCCAGCAGCCCUACAGGUUCCCCACCCCCCCAGAGGGGGCGUGUCAGACACCAGGGUACUGCCAGGCAGGAAAGGACAUCCGUCUGACAUCCCUGAGAGAAGUGAAGCUCACCUUGCCAGAAGGUUUUGUUCUUGUUGGUGGGAAGAGUCCAAACCUCCCCGAUAACAUCCUGGUAGCAGCUGUGGAUGCCAGGUUCCUCCCCAAUCCUAAAACCAACCUGGCAUUGCUGGGUUUCAGUGGGAACUGUAUUGGGUGUGGGGAGCAGGGUUUCCGCUACUUCACAGAAUUCUCUGCACAUAUCAACCUGCGACUGACUACACAACCCAAGAAGCAGAAGCACCUCAAGUAUUACAUAGUGCGGAACAACCUGGGUCUACUAGUCAGGGGACCUCUGGUGCCAUGGAAAGUGGUGUCCCCGGAGGUGCGUAAGCGAGGGUUCCCCAUGGCGCCCCAGGUGGUGUCCCCACUCCUGUCCGCAGGAGAGAAGAUGUUGGCAGGGGCAGCCUCCUCACAAGCAGCUCAAGGUGCCCAGCAGGCCACCAUCAGUUACCAUGCCAACCGUGUCCCAGCAUCCCUCCUGGCAGCUCAGCAGCAGCACCCCUCCCCCCAGCCGCGCCCUUCUACCAUCAAGUAUGGAGGAGGAGGCAGCCCUCCCCUGCCCAAUGGACCCAGCCCGCCUGACGGGUCCGCACAGCCGCCCAAGAAGAGACAUAAGGGGUGGGGACCAGGAAGACCAGACACCAUGUCUAACCUGAACUUGGUCAUGCCCCCCCACCCUGCCAUGCAAGCCGAGUCCGUGUUCAUCCAGCCGGGGCUGCUCAACAUCUGCUGCACCAAGCCCGUCGUCCUGGCCUGCCAUGGCAACCUGCCCUAUCUCCAUGGCAACGUCAACGACGUGGUGGUCAGCACCCUGCUGGUGGACUGCUACAAGCCCGUCCAGAUGCCGCCCAAGCUGCUGGAGGGGCUGGGUCUGACCAACGCCCCGCCGCUGAGUGUGGAGACCAUGGCCCUGCUGACUGUGCAGUAUCUGGUGCAGCUGGGAAAUGAGAAGGUCCCUCUGCGCGAGGAGUUUGACGCCAUCUUGCUGCAGGCUCGACAGGAGUCGGCCAUCAAGGACAAGAACAUGCAGCAGCACGCCCAGUUCCUGUCUGUCGCCCCCGCACAGCUGCCAUGGCUCGCGAAGGUGGCUGCAAGCGCUUCCAACGGACUUGUCAGGAUUGUGAACGCUCAAGCCUCGCUAGCAGAGGGCAUCUCAGAGACCCUGCAGAUGAUCUGCAUGCCUCAGCCCUACACCAGAUACCCCUCCUUUGUGGUGGUGAUCCACGUCUCCCGCCACAGGGGCACGGAAUUCUGCGUUCUCGUCACAGGCGUGCACCAGGCACGAGUGGUGGCAGAGAGCAUGUUGUCAGCCAGUGAUUGUUUCAAGGAGAUCAGCUACGAGAUCAUCACUGGCAAAUUCAACCUACUUACCUCACACUUCAAGGAGCCUAGCACUGCCGUGUCGGUUCCAGUGAAGAAGCACGCAGCCCACGCUCCAGGCAACAGUGAGCUGGACAAGCUGCUGGAUGACUUUGCGGGUACGCUGACGGGGGAGGUCAUGGUGCCGUACCACGGCGGGGAGAUGCACAGGGUCAGGGAGGACGUGGCCAAGGACAUGUUCCCUGACAAACACCCAGACCUGACAGAUCAGCAGGAGCUGCACCCGGUCCAGAUCGCCGUGGCGAUGAAGAUCCUGUCGCAGGUGUGUGCCAUCGCUGACUCGGGCACACAGAGCCUGGACCUGGGCCGCUUCAGUAAGGUGGACAUCCUGGUCAUGGUGCCGCCCUCCAACAUCCUGUACAACCAGACCGUGGAGCGACUCAAGCAGUCAGGAGUCCUUGUGGACUUGGGGAUGGAGACAGCCUCUUCCAUCGACCAGAAGGUGGAUCAGUACGUGAUGAAGUGUGACAGUGUGGCGGAGAACCAGGCUAAGUUUGAGUCGUUUGUGAAACAUGUCCGCCAGCACCCCUACACACUACAUGUGCUGAUCCAGGAUCAGGCUCACGUGGACGUCAACAGGCACUCCUCUGGAAACAUGGGCUUGGCUGACAAGUACAUCAACUGUAAGGACAUCGCCGAUGCACCCAACCUGCUGACCCUGCAAGUCAGCGCCUCGCCCUUCUCUCUGCAGACACAGAAGUCCCGGGUAACCCCCCACAACGAAGUCUUCUGGCCCAGCAACAUCAAACAGAACCCUAACGUCCCCCCUGAGGACACGGUGUACUUUGGUGUGAGUGACUACUGCAGAACUGCUGACUGGAGUAACCACAUGCCUGCCCUGCGCUCCGACGACUCCUUCGAGCAGAUGUCUACUUCUCUUUUGGCCAAGUACCCCAAGCUGCACAGCAUGGUGAUCCGCACGUACAUCCUGGUCCGCCACUACUCUGCCGCCCUCAUGACCAUCGCGGGCGUCCCUGGGGCCCAGGAGAUGACCACCACGGAGACCCUCAACAUGCUCCAGGACGUGGUGAACGCCCCGCUGACCAGCGCGGGCGGGCGGGGCAGCAUGCUGCUGCUGCGCGUUCCCUCCAUCCAGCUGGCCAUGGUGGCGUACGACAAGCUGCACAGCGUGAGGGACAAGCUGGGCCUGCAGUACAGGUUCGACGUCAUCCUCAGCAGCGCCAACACUGACCUCACGCUGGAGGAGUACUUCCUCAAGAGGAUGCAGGCCUGGCGAGGAGAGUUGGACAACCCUGAGAGGAAGUCGUCGUGGGUCCCCCGUACCUACCGGGACCUGGAGGGACUGCCUUGUAUCCUCAUCCUCUGUGGGAAGGACCCACUGGGAGAGACCAUGCCCAGGUCUCUGAAGUACUGCGACCUCCGGUUGGUCAACCAUGGUCAUGUGACUCGUGCUAGCCUGGAGCAGGAGAUCAGUCUAGGCUGUCGCUACAUCAGCCGGGACGUUGUGAACGAGCCAAUCACGGUGUGCGACAUGAGCGACGAGGACAGCCAGAGCGACAGUGAGAUGGACAACGAAGAGGGCGACCUACAGAUUGACACAGACCGUCCUCGAAGUAAUUCUUCAGAUGUGCAGCAGACAUCACCAGGCUUCUCAGGUAACCAAGCUCAGCACCACAACGGUUCAGUCUCCGACACGGCCAGGAAGACUCCCACCGACAACGUGGGCAGGUCCUCCCCCGACUCUGCCCAGGACAGCGGGAAGGAGUCCCAGGGUAACAGCGUGCCGGAGAUGUCUCCCCAGCAGCCCCGCGGGUCGGUCACGUCCCUGCAGGGCAUGGUGGAGAACUCUAUAGACAUGAUCUACGGGAAGGACGCGGAAAAGAACAGUAACAGCCAUGACACCGGGGAGGAGGGAGACGCAGACCUGCCAAACGAACCGUUCGAGCAGCGGGAAGCGGCAGCCGCGCGCGACCGCAGCGGAACGUCUCCGAUGGCCAGCGUGAAAAGUUCUCUGAGCAAAGACAACCUCCCCACCACAUCUACCUCAUCUCUGGGCCAGCCCAAGCCGUCGGCGAGCAGAAAAACAGGGUCCUCCCUGCUCCCGGUGACCAUCAUCGUAUCAAAGACUGCGUACGAUAUCCUCAGACCAGACCCUCAGGGAAAACAGCGGCACAUCUCCUUACAGCCCCACCCUGACGUCGGGUGGAUCUGUCCCCUCAGGCCCAUGUUGUUAGGAGAAGUCACCAACGAAGUGCAGUCAGCAUACUACAGACAAUGGACGGAGCCUCUGCAGCAUCACAUGGACACAGACAACAAGGGUGAGAACAACCUGCCAGUGUUCCACCCCAGACGGCUGCUACUCAGCGGGCCCCCACAGGUUGGUAAGACGGGUGCAUAUCUCCAGUUCCUGCGGGUUCUGUUCCGGAUGUUGAUCCGCCUGCUGGAGGUGGAGGUCUACAACGAGGAGGAGAUCAACAUGGACCGCGAGUCGCCGGCCGUCAGCCUGGUGUUCAACGCUAACCAGACGGCACACCUCACGGCCAAGUGGCCCGACUACGAGUUUGUGCGCAGCAUGCCGUUCGAUGCCAACCUCCACGAGGGCAAAUUCAUGUCAUGCAGUCCUGUGUACACUGGUUCAGAGAAGACAGAUCACAACCCAUCUGCGAACAAGGACUCCCGGAGACCCACCAUGUCCAUCAUGUUGUCCAAGUUCAGCGCACACAACAGCUUCCACCACUGCGAGCACUGCCACCACUACAUGGAGUCUGUGGCACCACAGCAGACCCGCGAGUCCAGCCUCUACAGCUUCACCUUCCCGUCCGCGGUGUACGGGGAGGAGGUCCGCCUGCACUUCAUCAUCCCUCAGACCCAGGAGAAACACUUUGUCUUCAGUAAACAGGGCCACCACCUGGAGAGCCUCAGGCUGCCAUCACUCGACGCUGUGGGACACAACGACAUCAAGACGCCGAUCUUCACCCCGACGUGCAGCCGUCAGGAGCAUGGGCUGCUGAACCUGUACCACGCCAUGGAGGGGGGGCGCCACACCCACAUCGUGGUGGUGAAGCAGUGCGAGAUGGCGCUGUACCAGAAGUUCUGGCCCAACCACAUCAUCCUCGUGCUGCCUGUGGUCUGCAACGAUGCCGGCAUCGGAGCUGCGCGGUUCCUGGUGAAGGAGCUGGCCUACUACAACCUGGAGCUGGAGCGUAACCGUCAGGAGGAGCUGGGCGUGCGGCGGCAGGACGUCUGGCCCUACAUCAUCAUCAUGGACGACUCACUCGUCAUGUGGAACCUGCACGACAACACUCAGGAAGACAAGCAAACUCAGAACAUCUCCCUGAAGAACGUGAUCCAGCACUUGGAGGCCACGCCCAAGAUCACCCACUUCAGCAUCCUGGGCGCUCGGCAGUGGAGCGGGAAGUCCACGGUGGACGUGAGCAUGCAGCCCUUCUCCCGCUGUCACCUGCACAGCUUCGUCAUGCUCAACGUGGACGCCACCCAGAACGUGCAGUACGACCAGAACAGAUACAACUGUGAAGACAUAGACUUCAACAUGCGGAUCAGCUGCGGCAAUGGACUGUUGUGCCGAUUCAACCGCUUCUCAUUCAUGAAGAAGGCCAUCCACGUAGGCGGAGGUAUGGACUUCCCCAUGAAGUCCAAGGUUGCCAACGCCAACGCACAGAACAUCACCACUAGACAGUUUGUUGCUGCCCCUGACAGUGAGGACCUGGUACCGCUGGUGGCCCCCCCACAGUUCCUGCUGGAGAAGUACCUGGCACACGAGAGCAAGGCUCUGUUCCCCAUGGCCGUAGGCAACCAACUCACCCCUGUCCUGGCCAUCGACUGCUACCUCAACCUGGGAGCUCAGAUCUCUGUAGCCUACAUGAGCUCCCGUCCCCACUCCAUCAACACUGACACAGACUGCCGCUUUAGUGGGCUGCUGCUCUACCUGUGUGACAGUUUUGUCAUGGCAGACUUCCUCAAGAAGUUCAACUUUGUUCCUGGUGCAACUCUGUGUGUCAUCUGUCCUGACCGCAACACAUUGCGGAGACAAAUCGUUCGGCUGGAGCUGGAGGACCAGUGGCGUUUCCGCCUGCGCGAUGAGUUCCAGACAGCCAACACUGCCGAGGACAAGCCUCUCUACUUCCUCACGGGCCAGCACAUUGCACCAAAGGUAUCAGCAUUCAACGACAAAGCACAGUGGACUUAAAUAACUUACACAUUCAAGGAGUUAUCAAUGCGCACAUACAGUAUGUUCCAUACCUGUCACUUGACUCUAUGAAUCUGAGAAGUAUUUUCCCAAGAACUGAGCAGCUUAAGCAAGAGUAAGUCAAGCCAAGAACUAGUCCCCUCUACAAAUUCCCCAUGUGGCCUGCAGUAAUCCCUACCUUAUGAUCACCAAGUAUGUUUGAAAGCAAAAGACUAAAAAUCAGUUGUAAUGUGAUUAUUGCAUUAAGUUGUACUUAAAGGUUCUAUUUCUUCUGUUGUUGGGAGAAAAGGUCUUCAUCGCCUUUUAAGAGCAACAACAGAGGGGAAAGUUCCUUCUGGAUAUACUUUUUUUAGUUUUUAUUUUAGAUGGUUUUGAUGGACAUAUUAAAUAUUGAAAUGGGA